GUGAAGUUCAUCCAUGACCAAUGUUCUCCCAACCCAAAAUACCGAGGGUUUUUCCACGGCGUGCGGGAGAUCAUUCGGCACCAAGGGUUGAAAGGAACUUACCAAGGUUUAACCGCCACGGUCCUCAAACAAGGAUCGAACCAAGCCAUCCGUUUCUUCGUCAUGACGUCUCUUAGGAACUGGUACAGAG